CUAACCUCCCCUCCCUUCCCUUUUUCUCCCCUUCCCCCGGACUACAUCCCCCAGGCGCCCCCAGACCCUGCGUUGCGCAUGCCUCCUGCUCCCCCCACCCCGUUCUUCCCCCUCCCUCCCCUCCACCUUCCCCCCUCCCCCGCGCCUCCUCUCCCGCAUCCCUCCAUCCCUCUGCCGCAGCCGCAUCGCCACCGCAGCCUUGGUACUGCCGAGCCCGGCCCAGGCCCCUGAUCCUACCCCUGUUCCGACCAGGCUCGGUCCCCUGCCCCCUCUUCUGGGGAACCCAGGUGGCUCAGGUACCCCUCUAGUCCCCAGACUCCGGGGAACCCCUGCACCCCCGGCCCGUGCCCCCUCACAGCUUAGGCAGGAGGGAGAGACGAGGAGGAGGAGGAGCCGCCGCAAGAUGAAGGAUCGGACCCAGGAGCUGCGGAGUGCAAAAGACAGUGAUGAUGAAGAGGAGGUGGUACAUGUGGACCGGGAUCACUUCAUGGAUGAGUUCUUUGAACAGGUGGAAGAGAUCCGAGGCUGUAUUGAGAAAUUGUCUGAGGAUGUGGAGCAGGUGAAGAAACAGCACAGUGCCAUCUUGGCCGCCCCCAACCCCGAUGAAAAGACCAAACAGGAGCUGGAAGAUCUGACUGCAGACAUCAAGAAGACGGCCAACAAGGUUCGAUCCAAGUUGAAAGCCAUCGAGCAAAGUAUUGAGCAGGAGGAAGGACUGAACCGCUCUUCGGCUGACCUUCGUAUCAGAAAGACCCAGCACUCCACACUGUCCCGGAAGUUUGUGGAAGUGAUGACUGAAUAUAAUGCAACACAGUCUAAGUACCGAGACCGAUGCAAGGACCGGAUCCAGCGGCAACUCGAGAUCACUGGAAGGACCACAACUAAUGAGGAGCUGGAGGACAUGCUGGAGAGUGGAAAGCUGGCCAUCUUUACCGAUGAUAUCAAGAUGGACUCACAGAUGACUAAGCAGGCUCUGAAUGAGAUUGAGACAAGGCACAAUGAGAUCAUCAAGCUGGAGACCAGUAUCCGGGAGCUGCAUGACAUGUUCGUAGACAUGGCCAUGCUUGUGGAGAGCCAGGGGGAGAUGAUUGACCGAAUUGAGUACAACGUGGAACACUCUGUGGACUAUGUGGAGCGGGCUGUGUCCGACACCAAGAAAGCCGUGAAAUAUCAGAGCAAGGCCCGCAGGAAGAAAAUCAUGAUCAUCAUCUGCUGUGUGGUGCUGGGGGUGGUGCUUGCGUCGUCCAUCGGGGGGACGCUGGGCUUGUAGACCUGUCCCCUCACCUUCCCCUCAUCUCCCCAAGACCCUCUCAUCAGAAUGGGAGCAAUACCCCUCCCCCGGUCCAUCCAUUCCUCCACCCCCGGCUUCCCCCAGCCCCAAUUCCUUCUUCCACUCCAGCCUCAGCCCCUAAGACUGGAUCCAGGCAGCCCCUUCCCCGCCCCCUCCCCACAAUGCGGACCCGAACAAUUCCCUCCCACCCCGGGGUGGGACCCCUCCGCAUGUAGAUUACAGCAGGCAUGAGCCCCCGACACCUGCCUCUCCCCACACAGGCCUAGCACCAGGGGCCACAUGCUGGCGAUGUGUAGGGCGGGCGCGGGUGUGCUGGGGGGGCGUGCACGCUGGACUCCCCCACCCCCCCGCCCCGCCCCCGUGUCUGCCUGAGCUGUUGUCCGCGUGGUGGCCGAGCGCAUCCCUCCCUCCGCCCUCCCCGUGUGCGUGCGUCCGGUGCAGACUGCGGGGGCUCCGAGAGCAGGGGAAGGGGCGGGUGGGCGCGGCUCGGGCGGCGCUGGCCGGGUCUGUGUGAGGGACGCUCCCGCGCGGGCCCGAAGCUCACGAACCGUAGCGGAGCCUGUGAGCGGCUCCUUCACCGGGAUGCCCGUCAGUCGGGGGCCGGGGCAUGUGUGCGCUGGCAGUGUACAUAGCGUGACUGGUGUGUACCCAGAGACCUUUCUCCCCAGCCAGGUGUAUCCUUCCUGCUCUGUUUACCCAGCCCGUGUGUAGAUACCUUUUGUCUUUGUUGUAUUGCCGGUCUUUGUUUAAGCAGUAUGAGAACCCACACACCUACACACACACGCGCACGCAAAUAUUCCUCUCCUAGAUGUACAUAAGUUACCUCUGCAUGUGUGUGCAUGCUCCCACACACGGUUACCUCCCGGAGGUGUGUGCGGAGUGUGGUCGUGCGUCCCCCCGGCAGAGCCCACCGCGCUGUGUAUAUGGCAUCUGUUUGUGUGGGCACAGAGAUAUAUAUUUCUAUAACAUAUCUAUCCAUAUUUGCGUGUGUGUAUGUGCGUACAUGGUGUGUAUAGAACCCGUUCCGUAUUACCUACACACAUUAUAUUGAUCAGCACAGCUGUGUGUCCUGUAUGGGUCUGUGUGCAUCUGUGUUUAUCGGAGAUCGUCCCCCCUCCCCUCCCUCUCCCUUCCCUCUUCCCUCUCCCUCCUUCUCCUCUCCCUUCUUCUCCCCCUCUCCCUCCUUCUCCCCCUCCUCCUCCACUUCCCCCUCCUCCUCCUCCACUUCAGGUUUGCACAAGUUCACGUAGAGAUGCAAGCACAGAUACAGAGUCGUGCAAACCUUGUGCAACCAGGCGACUUGCCCCAAGGUUGUGAAUCCUCCGCCCACUCACCGCCAGUUUGCUCUUUGCACCGAUUCUGCCUCUAGCCUUCAUGUUGGUGCAUACAGAGGCCCUGACCCCUCAGAGCCGGCAGGGCCCUGACCUGGGUGGCCGCAUAACAUACACACACGUGCUCCCACGUGCAUGUACCCAAACAUGCAGACACACAAGCCUCAUUUAUCCGAGAGAGCCUGGGGAGAUGGUGGGUGCGCAUUGGACAUCCUUCCUGGAGCCUGACAGAGCUAAAAGAAGGCAGGGGGCCCCUGCAAGCAGGAUUUCUUCCCGUCCCUGAGGCCCAGCUUCUCCUGUGCCCUCUUUAGGGCGCGCUGCUUUCGUCUCCUAGGCCCAAGACCCUGUUACUGCUGUGCCCCAUACUUAUUCCCUCUGUGUUUCAGUAACAUGGACCUUGGCCGCCAUCCACAGCAGAGCUCAACAUGUCCUGAGAUGCACUCAGCCUAUGCUCGAGCUCCAUAGUUAGUUUUUGAGCCAUGAAGCUAUUUAUUUUGCUUUGUAUUUGUCUCUGUUGCAUCAGGACUACUGUAUUCCCUGUAUAUCAACUGCCUUUGUUCUAAGGCCAUGCCUGGAACAUAGAAAGAUUCACACAAAGGUUGGAGUUUCCUUUUCUCCCCUUACCUCCUCCCCCCUCCACCGUUCCCUGAAUUAAGUGGGGGCUGCCCAGGAAGUGCAGCUAGACUCUUCAUACUCGAGGUGCAGCUAGGGCGGCGUGGGGGUGCCUUCACUCAGGGCCUUGUUUAGGUCGGCAUAGCCUGGGAGCCCACGACAGUUCAGCCUGGCUCUCCACACUUGGGGGCCCCACAGUCCUCUCCCUGGGUGGAGAGAGCCAGGCUGGACCUCCGAUUUGGUAGCAAUAAAUAA